AUGGAGGCUGUUUGAAAUGUUGCAGUGUCUUGGUGAAGUAGUUUAAACUCGCCCAAUGAUAUUGUAACGUACAUUUACCAGCUAGUUACGGUCGUCGAGAGCGGUUGCUAUGGACAGUGGUACUGAUGGAUCUGAGCAAGUGGGACAAGACAGAUCCCCGUCUCCAACUGGCUCACAUUCUCCUGUAAUGGACCGUAACCCGUCACCACCCCCGGACACAGCCGACGGAGCGGAGGAUGAGGACGUGGAUGCCAUCGGAGACACGGUUUACAGCAAGCACUGGCUUUUCAGCACCCUGACUCGUCUCAUCCAUAUGGUCACGGAGCAUUCGGAGGAGAACUCUGAGGGUCAGAUGCAGCUCCCCGACGAUGAUGAGGAAGAUCUGUGCAGAGUUUGGGAUAUGGCAAUGGAUAAAGAUGUUGCCGGUUUUCUGCAGGAAUUCAAAGCCACAGACAUCCUUCUUGGAGUAAUAGCUAAAUCUCGUUGUCCACGUCUCACAGAAAUUAGUGUAGGAAUCCUUGGAAACAUUGCUUGUUUUCCUGAAACUUGUUUGACUCUCAGCCAAAAUGAAGACUUAGGAGCUGUGCUGUUGCUUCUUCUUGGAGAUACAGAUCCUCCGACUCUUCUGGAGACCAGCAGAUUGCUGCUGACCUGCAUUUCUCAGAAAGACGUCUGUUCCUUGUGGCUUCAGCGAAUACGACAGCAGACGUCUGUGUGCUCCAGCCUUUGUUUCAUCAUGUGCAGUUCUACCAACACUGACCUGCUUGAGAAGGUCGGAGAGCUGGUGGACAAACUGUUUGACCUCGAUGAAGAGCUGAUGAAGAGCUGGAUCACAGCUCAGCCAAAUGAAGAGAAGGGGGAUGAUGAUGAAAGCAGUCUGGAUGUGACCUCGUGUCUCCUUGAGGCAGCCAAGCAGUUGAGACCAGAGAAUCCAAAUGGCGUCGAGGUUUACCUUCACAUCCUCCAACUUCUCACCACUAUAGAUGAGGGCAUUCAGGUUUUUGCUGCCCCUGAUGGACCUGGCAAAUCGGUAUGGGACUUUGUAUGUGACGUAGUGUGUGAGGAUCUCUGCCAGCCAAAUGAUCUUCCAGUUGUCCUGCAUGAACAGAAGAGCAUUCUCGUUCAGGCCUUUGCAGUGCUGCAGGCUCUUUACAGAUGCCAGGAUCAGUGGAGCAGCACAAGUGACACAAGUCUACCCCUUAUUGGGAGCAUCCUGCGGGUGUGUCAGUACCACAGUGAGUGCAAGGACGGCGCAAACAAAGAAGACGCAAAAGAUGAACAGCUCCAGACUCUUGCAGAGAUCACAGCUGAGUUUUUAGCUGACCUCUGCAUUCACAUUCCCAAGGACACGGUUGCAGAUUUGGUAAAGAAAGGUUACCUGACAGAGAAGACUUGUCUCACAGCUGCAGCCAGUUUACUUCCCAAGUUUAAGACUUCAUUUGAGCACCUGCAGGCCGUGUUGUCGGAGGCUGAUCCCCAACUGGCAGAUGUGGUGAGGACACAGUUUCCUUCCUGAGGACACCCUGCAGAUCAGUGUUUAGCACUCAUUCAGACUCUCACCACUGCUUUUUAUAGCAGCCGGUGUUUCCCCUGCAAAGACCGGGCUUCGACCCAGGCUAUUUGCAUUUCCACUGGAAAAGACGCCGUCACUAAUGGCACGUGUUUUCACAUUGGGAAACCUCUCUCAACUAUUCAAUUGUUCUCAGAAUGCUAUUUUUGUAUUUUGUGAUGACAGACUUUUAUUAAAAAUUAUUUGUGUUCGUAA